AUGGGUUCUAUCGGACCCUACAGCGAUGCUGGAGGGGCCUUUAAUCCUUUCAAAGGCUACUUUAACAGCAUUGACGGCACCCUGAGGCCCACGAAAGAGACCAGGCAUGGCACGAACCCAGCAACGCUUGAGACGUUGCCAGAAGUGCCAGUAGCUACCGAGAAAGAAGACCAAGCUGCAGUCAGCGCCGGACAGCGGGCUUUCAAGUCAUGGUCUCAGAAACCCUGGUCGACGCGUCGCGAUGCCGUUCUAUCUUUUGCGGACGCCAUCGAAACUCAUGCUCAGGGUUUGGCCGAGUUACUUACUAUGGAGCAAGGCAAGCCGACGUCACUGGCCACCGGUGAGGUCUCCUAUACCCUCAAUUGGAUGCGCGGUAUGGCCAAGAUCGAAUUCAUCGAUGAGAUGAGAACGACAAAGCAAGGGUUCAAGGUCAUCAUUCGCUAUGUCCCACUAGGCUUGACCGUGGGCAUUCUCCCUUGGAACUACCCGGUCGCUCAGCUGUGUCAGAAGAUGCUGCAAGCUGUGCUCACAGGGAAUACUAUCAUCAUCAAGCCCUCCCCCUUUACACCAUACUGCGGGCUCAAACUGGGCGAACUGGCCCAACGAUGCUUCCCACCCGGGGUAGUUCAAGUGCUCAGCGGAGAUAAUCUGCUGGGCCCAAUGCUCACUGGGCACCCUGACAUCAAGAAGAUCAGCUUCACAGGAUCAACAGCUACAGGGAAGCACAUUAUGCAGAAUGCCGCGAAAACUCUGAAGCGAGUUACUCUGGAACUGGGUGGCAACGAUCCCGCAAUCGUCUGUAAAGAUGUCGACGUUGACGUCGUAGCACCACAAAUUGCAAGCCUAGCCUUUUACAACUCAGGUCAAGUCUGUCUGGCAAUCAAACGAGUGUACGUACAUGCGUCCAUCUACGACAGCUUCAAGUCCGUCGUUGUGCGCCACGUGAAUGGUCUCAAGGUCGGCAACGGACGGGAGGAUGGCGUCGCACUUGGUCCGGUCCAGAAUCAAAUGCAGUAUGACAAGGUUUCCGGCUUUCUGUCUGCUGCUGAGAAGGAAGGCUGGACCGUCGUAGCGGGUGGUGUUUCGACCAAACAACCCGGCACAGGAUAUUUCAUUCAGCCCGCCGUCAUCGACAGGCCUCCGGAUGAUUCAUCCAUUGUCACGGAGGAACCCUUUGGACCCAUCAUGCCCUUACUUGCCUGGACGGACAAGGACGAUGUGAUCUCUCGGGCCAAUGACACCCCGAUGGGGUUGGGUGCGUCGGUUUGGUCCAAGAAUCUCGACGAGGCUCGAUCGAUCGCCGAGAAGCUGGAAGCCGGUAGCGUCUGGCUGAAUGCACAUCUUGCGCUUGACGUCAGCGUUCCUUUUGGCGGCCACAAAGAGAGUGGCAUCGGGUGCGAGGGAGGUAUCGAGGGGCUCAAGGCCUUCUGUAACAUUCAAAGUCUGUACCUGAGUUCAUAA